AAUUAGCCGGGCGUGGUGGCGGGUCCCUGUAGUCCCAGCUACUGGGGAGGCUGAGGCAGGAGAAUGGCGUGAACUCGGGAGGUGGAGCUUGCAGUGAGCCGAGAUCGCGCCACUGCACUCCAGCCUGGGCGACAGAGCAAGACUCCAUCUCAAAAAAAAAAAAAGCUGCCUUUUGUUUCCGCCGGGCACGGUGGCUCACACCUGUAAUCCCAGCACUUUGGGAGGCCGAGGCGGGUGGAUCACCUGAAGUCGGGAGUUUGAGACCAGCGUGACCAACAUGGAGAAACCCCGUCUCUACUAAAAAUAAAAAUAAAAAAAAUUAGCCGGGUGUGGUGGUGCAUGCCUGUAAUCCCAGCUACUCGGGAGGCUGAGGCAGGAGAAUCGCUUGAACCUGGGAGAUGGAGGUUGCAGUGAGCCGAGGUGGCGCCAUUGCACUCCAGCCUGGGCAACAAGAGCGAAACUCCUUCUCAAAACAAACAAACAAACAAACAAACAGCUGCCUUGGUUCCUUUGGGUCCCCUGCUAUCCUAGGUCAGGGUAGGGCUGAGUAAGGAGGGAAUGUGGUCCAGAUUUGUGCCAGAGAAGAAAGGCUUUAAACUACUCGGGGUUGGGGGGAUGGUGUUCCGCUGGGCCUUUCCAGAAAUCUUCCUGAGUCAAUAUUUCUUUCUUGACUUUUCUUCUCCCAUCCACCAACUGGCCAUAUCAAAUCCAACUCCUCCCAUCCCUAAAAAGCUGAAUGGGAAGCUGCUGUCAGUCAGUCCUGACCCCAGGGAUACGCGAGGCCCCAUCUUGCACUGAGGGAAGAUCAACCUCAGAUGGAAUUCAGCUUCUCGAAAGCUUUGUGACUGGGAAAGAAGCAGGCAGGCUUCGAAAGGUUUGCAGAAGGAGCCCAGAGUGCCCCUAGGGCUGGGUCACUGAGACCCUGGGACGUGACAGUAAGAGGCUGCAGGGCAAUGGGACAAACUCUUACUUCCUGAGGUCCUGAACCUUCCGAAAGCCUAGAAAACCCAUAAUGGAGGGUCGCUGAAGUCAGCUCCUGCCUUUAAAUCCAACUGCCCUUUUUACAUUUUGUUUUUAUUUUUUAUCUUCAGCUUUUAAGUUCAAGGGUACAUGUGCCGAUGUGCAGGUUUGUUCCAUAGGCAAAUGCGCCGUGGUGGUUUGCUGUGCAGAUCAUCCCAUCAGCUAGCUGUUAAGGCCAGCAUUCGUUAGCUAUUAUUCCUCAGGCUCUCCCUUUCACCCCCCAACCCAACACAGGCCCCAGUGUGUGUGUCGUUCCCCUCCAUGUGUCCAUGUGUUCUCAUUGUUCAGCUCCCACUUAUAAGUGAGAACAUGCGGUGUUUGGUUUUCUGUCGAACUGCCCUUUUAAUGCAGUGAGUGAGCCUGGUGCCUGUCCUAAACCCUCCACACCCCACUUCCGGCUCUCAAAAUCAGUUGACCAGCCAACUCCUGGACUCUGGGCCUACAGAUGGAUUUGAUUGGAAGUGAUCUUAGGACGGGCCGUCUUUUCACUCUCCUUGCCUCUGCGCUUCCAGCCAUCUCAAAUGGAUGCAACUAAAUGGUUUGAAAAACCUCUCCAACACAAAACUUCUAGGAUUCUAGGACUCUAGGACUCUGCUAUAGAGCCAACUAUAAAGUCUUCAGAGAAACACAUACCCCUGGCUCCAUAUCACCUGUCAGCACUUUUUAAAGCAGUAGCAUUUCACUUUGUUUUCCCCUCCACGCCGACCAGUGUGGUCUUCAGCAUAGCGUGAGCUUCUAGUGACAUGAGCUGGAGGGAAAGAGGAAGUGCAUCACGACGGCUCGUCCGAUGGACAAGGAACAUGUGAGCAGAGGAAACCUGUGCCGUUUCCCUGGGCAUAGCCUAGAAAGUGUCAAGACCCCAGACUCAUCUCUAUUAUCAACGUGGUGCUGGAGCAGAAGCAAUGCUUUGAUGGUUGUUUCACAGCCCAGAGUAUCGUAAGCAGAGGGAGAGUGAUUUCCCUUACUCCCAGUGUUUAACCAAACAUCUGUUCUAAAAGAAGGGCUGAACUGAUGGAAGGAAUGCUGAUAGCCUGAGACUCAGGAAGACAACUUCUGCAGGGUCACUCCCUGGCUUCUGGAGGAGAGAGAAGGAGGGCAGCACUCCAGUGGCACAGAAGUGAGACACAAUGGAAUCAGCCUUCACCUCCAAGGACACUUAUUUAAGCCAUUUUAACCCUCGGGAUUACCUAGAAAAAUAUUACAAGUUUGGGUCUAGGCACUCUGCAGAAAGCCAGAUUCUUAAGCACCUUCUGAAAAAUCUUUUCAAGAUAUUCUGCCUAGACGGUGUGAAGGGAGACCUGCUGAUUGACAUCGGCUCUGGCCCCACUAUCUAUCAGCUCCUCUCUGCUUGUGAAUCCUUUAAGGAGAUCAUCGUCACUGACUACUCAGACCAGAACCUGCAGGAGCUGGAGAAGUGGCUGAAGAAAGAGCCAGAGGCCUUUGACUGGUCCCCAGUGGUGACCUAUGUGUGCGAUCUUGAAGGGAACAGAGUCAAGGGUCCAGAGAAGGAGGAGAAGUUGAGGCAGACAGUCAAGCAGGUGCUGAAGUGUGAUGUGACUCAGAGCCAGCCGCUGGGGGCCAUCCCCUUACCCCCAGCUGACUGCGUGCUCAGCACACUGUGUCUGGAUGCUGCCUGCCCAGACCUCCCCACCUACCACAGGGCGCUCAGGAACCUCGGCAGCCUACUGAAGCCAGGGGGCUUCCUGGUGAUCAUGGAUGCGCUGAAGAGCAGCUACUACAUGAUUGGUGAGCAGAAGUUCUCCAGCCUCCCCCUGGGCUGGGAGGCAGUAGAGGCUGCUGUGAAAGAGGCUGGCUACACAAUCGAAUGGUUUGAGGUGAUCUCGCAAAGUUAUUCUUCCACCAUGGCCAACAACGAAGGACUUUUCUCCCUGGUGGGGAGGAAGCUGAGCAGACCCCUGUGAUGCCUGUGACCUUAAUUAAAGCAAUUCCUUUGACCUGUCCAGUUGACUUCAGUUCUUGGUUCUAACUGCCAAGUCAUGUGCUGAGUAGAGGCUCAGCGGUUGGGGCCCGAUGGUUCAUCUAGGAUGGGACUGGAGAGGUCAGUCUACAAACAAUCCAUUGACCACUUACUUGGUGCUGCACACAAAUGUUGGUGCUAUGGGACCCAAAGAUGAGCAGUUAGUAUUCCAGCCUUCAUUGCUUGUGUUUACAAAAGAAGACCUCACUUCCCUAAACAUCUAGUUAUGGCGGCUCAAGCCCGUACCUGUCUACAGAGAAGUGUCUGCAGUUACUCACUAUUAGUUUCCUAAGGGGGCACUGCUGGCUCCUUCUCUCCCAGGAAUGGGCUUCUCCUGUUCUUCAACUCUUGCCUUCUCCCUGGAGAGGCUACCAAACCCUGGCCUCUGCCGCUGUUCAGGCUGCCCUGUGGUUAUAGCUGUUUGCUAGACUCCACUCUGGCCUCAGGGGCCAGAGAACAGCUGUCCAGCAUUUCUGUUCAUCCCAGCAAUCCAAAAAAAAUUUUUUUAAGCUACAAAUAUCACUCCAUUUUCGAGGCCGGGCGCGGUGGCUCACGCUUGUAAUCCCAGCACUUUGGGAGGCCGAGGCGGGCGGAUCACGAGGUCAGGAGAUCGAGACCACGGUGAAACCCCGUCUCUAUUAAAAAUACAAAAAAAAAAAAUUAGCCGGGCGAGUUGGUGGGCGCCUGUAGUCCCAGCUACUCGGAGAGGCUGAGGCAGGAGAAUGGCGUAAACCCGGGAGGCGGAGCUUGCAGUGAGCCGAGAUGGCACCACUGCACUCCAGCCUGGGUGACAGAGCGAGACUCCGUCUCAAAAAAAAAAAAAAAAAAAGAUCACUCCAUUUUCAAAUUCAGACUCUGCCACUUAUUAGCUGUUUCUCAUUAGGCAAGUUAUAUAACUUUGCAGUGCCUCACUUUUCUCAUCUAUAAAAUGAGAUUAAAAUAGUCUUUUUAUUAAGAUAAUUAAAGUGAAUUGUGGCCAGGCACGGUGGCUCAUGCCUGUAAUCCCAGUGCUUUGGAAAGCUGAGGCAGACAGAUUGCUUGAGCUCAGAAGUUCAAGACUGGCCUGGGGAACAUGCAAAACCCUGUCUAUAUUAAAAAUACAAAAAAAUUAGCCGGGUGUGGCGGCACAUGCCUGUGGUCCCAGCUACUCAGGAGGCUGAGGUGGGAGGAUGGCUUGAGUCCGGGAGGUGGAGGUUGCAAUGAACUGAGAUCGCACCACUGUGUUCCAGGCAGAGUGAGAUGCUAUCUCAAAAAGUAAAAUAAUAAAUAAAGUGAAUUGUUACAUGUAAAGGACCUAGAAUAUUGCAUGGUGCUUGAUAAACAUUCAGUAAAUGUUAGUUACGAUCAUUAUUAUUAUACACGUCAUCAUCAAUAUUAGUUGCCAAAGCAGCUGAGAAAAGAUGGCUUAUUCUCCAAGCAGGAGAGAGGAUUCCUGUUCUGGGCUACAGGCACUGGACUCUUUACUGGCAUUGCCUUUGAGAGAGGCUGUGAUACAACUCAGCUUCUAUACCACAUGCUGCCAAUUCCUUUUUGAUUUAAGAAAUCUCUAGCAAACAUUGAGCACUCUCCAGCAUCUUUCUUUCACGCACCAGGCACAAGAAUGAAAAUAAAAACCCAGUGUCAGCUGACUCAACAGCCCUCAUCUUCAUAGUCCUAGAAACACCCUAAGUGCUCCCAGGUCCUUCCAAGGGCACUAGUGUACCUGCACCAGCAGUCCCCACCCAGAAUCCCCCCUGUUGAGGCUGUCCUGCUCAGGCUGUGAUGCUGGGGACCCUGAGCCCAGCCUGAGGAUGCUGGAAAGGGGCCAAUAUGCCCUCUUUUGAGAAAGAUACUGCCCAUGCCUAACACUCUGCUUUAGAUACCUCAGAGCCAUCCUGAUUUCCUCCCAGAGUGGUAAGAAACACUUUCCAUUUAUUCCAGGGAUUGGUAAACUUUUCCUGUCAAGGCCCAGAUAGUAAAUAUUUCUGGCUUUGUGGGUUAUACAGUCUUAAUUGCAACUACUCAACUCUGCAGUUGUAACAGAAGCAGCUAUAGAGAGUAUGUAAACAAAUGUGCAUGUUUGUAUUUCAAUAAAACUUUAUUUAUAAAAACAGCUGGAUGGAUAGAUUAGGCCCAAGGGUUGUAGUUUGUAGACCCCGAAUCUAGACCCUUAAGUAGCCUUGUUCAUGCCUGAAGUUUACAGAUGAUCCCCAACUUAUUUAUUUUUAUUUUAUUUUUUUGAGAUGGAGUCUCUCUCUGGAGCCCAGGUUGGAGUAUAGUGGCGUGAUCUUGGCUCACUGCAACCUCCACGUUCCGGGUUCAAGCAAUUCUCCCGCCUCAGCUUCCUAACUGGGAUUACAGGUGUGUGCCACCAUGCCCAGCUAAUUUUUGUAUUUCGUAUGUUAGCCACGUUGGCGAGGCUGGCCUCAAACUCCUGACCUCAAGUGAUCUGCCCACCUCAGCCUCCCAAAGUGCUAGGAUUACAGGAGUGAGCCACCGUGCCUGAACCUCAACUUAUGUUUGACUUACAAUGUUUGGACUUCAUAAUGGUACAAAUGUUAUAUGCAUUCAGUAGAAAUUGUACUUCAAAUUUUGAAUUUUGAUCUUUUAUUUUUAUUGUUACAAAAUUGGCUUUGUGUUUGAUGAUGUUGCCAGUUUUUGGCUAAUGAAAGAGUUCUGAGCAUAUUUAAGGUAGGCUAGGCUAAACUAUGAUGUUCGAUACAUUAGGUGCAUUAAAUUUAUUUUGGACUUAUGAUAUUCUCAACUUAUGAUGGGUUAUUGGGAUGUUACCUCAUCAUCUGCCGAGGACCAUCUGUAUACAUUUUCUUGUGAACAGUCUGGUCAGUUUCUACUUAUAGGAGCUCAAGGCAAGUCCAAGGGGCUGGACAGAAAAUAGGCAGAAUAUGGUUUCCUCUGUGCUCCAUCCCUGCUGUAGCUCUCUCUUUCUCGCUCAAUCUCCCAAUCAAAACUCUUCCUUCCGAAUGGCAUGAACCCGGGAGGCAGAGCUUGCAGUGAGCCAAGAUCACACCACAGCACUCCAGCCUGGGCCUGGGUGACAGAGAGAGACUCCGUAUCAAAAAAAAAAAAAAAAAAAAAAAAGGAACUCCUCCUUCCUCCCCUAGUUUGAAGCAUUCAAUAAAUACAAACAGAAAAUCAGAAAACAAGGGUUGUGGGGGAUGGCAGAUGAAGUGUUACCUACAUUAAUAUUUCUCAGACUGCAAGUUGCCAUUCAUCAAUGUAUUAUAAAAUCAAUUUGGUGCACCAAAUCCACAUUUUAAAAACUAAUAGAGAAUAAACUAGAAAACAGAAUCUCAGAUACUAGCACCGAAUGUGGUAUAUUAUUUCGGGAAAUUUCGUUUCCAUUUUACAAACAUCUGUCUUUCUGUCUGCACAUGUGCAUAUUUGUUACUGGAUCAUGAUAUAACAUGCAUUUGUUACUCUAGGUUGUGAUUUUUAAAACGUUUGAAAGCCACUGGGCUGUCCUCUGGGCUCUGGGACUCUGCUCUGAUAACCAACAUUUUUCUUUCCCACGGAGAUGAACGACAUAGCCCCUGUUCUUAAAGAACUGCAAGUCGUGGGGAGAAAUCGACAUGCAAACAGUUAAGACACAGCAAGACAAGUGCUCUGAGAUGCAUAAGCACAGGGUGCUAAAGGGGAGGAUGGCAAGAAAGGUGGCAUUUGCUCUGGGCCUUGCAGACUGAAUAGGGGUGUGUUUGACAACCGAGAGGAAAAGGGCAGUCUAGGGAACAACGUGUACGAAGACAUGAAAUGACUCCUCCUCCUGAUAGCAGCCUCCUCACAGGUCUGUUCUCCGACAGAAGCUGGGACCUAAGUAAAUAUUUGGCUUCUGGUUUUUCAUUUGCUUUCCUUGAAAUCAAACAGACCGACCAAGUCAUGAGCAAACAAGGACUAGGGUCAUUCUGGUCCUAACUUGUAAAUCUCUUUGACCGCUGACCCAGCUCUGGUUUUUUAAGGUCCUACUUUCUGGGAAAAUGCUCAGCAGUCUCACUUUAAGCAAACCUUUGUGAUGUAGGAAGCUGCAAGUCUCUGUGUAACAUCCUGGGGAAAGAGUGGUGAGAAGAAAGCUAUUAAAAAGGUCGUUCACCCAUUUGGUGUCAUGCAGCUCAGUCUUCGUGAUUCCCAUCAUCUGGCUGUCAAAAGUAAUAAGAGAUGUCCAUGGUACGACUUACUAGGCUGAGCUUUAAAAGCUAUAACUGCGCCCUCUAAUUUUAGUCUCAGCCAACUCGGAGAAUACGAGGCAACAAAUAAAUCUUAUGGAGGCUCAGAGAACAUGGAACAAACAAGGACUAAGGGACAGAAAACGUGUGAAUCUUAGCUUGAUCACUUGAUUGUUGUAAGAGCAUCAUUCCAGCUUUCUCAGGCUUGGGGCCCCUCUGGAAAACAGGGAUAAUAAUCAUUUCUCAGGACUGCAUUGAGAUCAAGUGAGGUACCUGUGAAGGCAUUUUGUAACCUGUUAAGUGACAAAUAUUAGAUAACUCUGAUAGUAUUAACCCAUUCUAGGACAGCCAUUAAGCCACAUGUUGCUGCAUUCAUGAACAGUUCCUUAGUGAGAAAAUAAAUCAUUCUACCAAAAAGACAUAUGCACCCAUAUGUUCAUCACAGCACUACUCACAGUAGCAAGACAUGGAAUCCAGUAGGCACCGAUCAAUGGUGGAUCGGAUAAAGGAAAUGUGGUACAUUUACACCAUGGAAUACUAUAUGGCCGUACAAAAUGAAAUCAUGUCCUUUGUACCAACAUGGAUGCAGCUGGAGGUCAUUCUCUUCAGUGCAGUAGCCAGAAACAGAACGCCAAAUACCGCAUGUUCUCAUGUAUAAGUGGAAGCUAAACAUGGGUUCCACAUGGACACAAAAAUGGGAACAAUAGACACUGGGGACUACAAAAGGGGGGACGAGGGAGAGGGGCAAAGGUUGAAAAACUACCUAUUAGGUACUAUGUUCACUACCUGGGUGACAGGUUCAAUCACAGCCAAACCUCAGCAUCACGCAAUAUAUCCAUGUAACAAACCUGCACACAUACCCCCUGAAUCUAAAAUUAAAAUUGAAAGAAAGAAAAUCUUAACACUGAAAAAACUUUCUUAAUGAACUGAGUAUGGCCUUCAAAACCUGUCUUGCAUAUGCUUUCUAUGCAAGUCAGCACCAUAGGCACCUUGAAUCCAGAGCCUUCUUCAUAGUUGCUUAUUCAUUCAGAAGAUGUUUCUUGCAUCCCUGUUAUGUGCUAGGCAUUUGGCCUGAGCUGAGGAUCCUACACUGAAGAUGAUGCAGUCUCUGGCCUCGUGGGACUUAUAUCCCUGCAAGGAAGACCAGAAAGAAAUGCACUCUGACACAGCCUGAGCAGAAGUGCUAGAUUUUUUUUUUGGUACUCAAGUCAGCUAGUCAGGACAUUUUGCCCACCCAAAUGAGACAAACCAGGCCCUUCUUACAGCUGUACCUUCUCUUGUAUAGAUCAGCUUCACUCAAAAAAAAUGUUGAGCUAGGAUUAUGUGUUUAAGGAAGAUUAUCACAAAGAAAAACACCAUUGCGAGUAAAGUCACUGAAGCUUUCUGUUUCAUAUCUUCCAAUGAAAGCAGGGAUUUACACUUUCUGAGUCUAGCCCUCUUGUCUCCCUUGCUGGCCAGUUUCACACUGAAAGGAGAUGCUUUCCUUGGCCUUUCAAAUGCUUUCCUUGGCCCUCUGAUCGCCAGCAGAGGGUGCACGUGGCUCUUGUUGAAGCCCUUCAUUCCUGAAUUUGACCAUUUACACAUGAAGGAAUUUAAAUUGAGUUAAACCUUCCCAAACAAGACGCUUCUCCUCAGUGUCUCCUUUUUCACAAUCUACUUAUGAGGCUGCUAGGAAAAGGGAAAGAGGAAUUCAGCAUAUUUUUCUUUAACGAAAAAUAUGGAUAAUUAUUUUUAUGGAUACACACAUUUAAAAAUUUCCCUUUUAGGUCUAUACACAAAAUGCAAAUUUUAAUAAACUGUAGAGAGGAUCUUGGCCAGAUUAGCAUGAGAAAUAAUAACUAUUAGAUUAUGCAGUUAACUCACCAUCACCUUCUAUUUGCUGUUUAUUCAAAGAAGAGAAAGAAGGUUUUUGUGCUUUUUCAAACCCUAGUUUUUUAAUAUUUAGAAAAUGAAGAAGUCUUUCUACGGCUGUGGUUGCUGGACAAACCACUGUGCUUAUCACUUUAAUUUGUACUUUAAUAGUGUCUGAUGAAUUCAGGGGAAGGGUUGAAGUUGAAUUUCAAACUCUCAACAAAUAAUUGUGAGUUAUUAUUGCCUUUGUUUGGACUUCAGUAUUGAAAGCCAGGAAGUAGUUUCUUUCUUGGUAGGUUAUUGUCUCUCUUCCUUUCAGAGAAAAGCUUUUGAAUGUUUAAACAGAAGAGGAGUUAAAAAACUGUAAACACCAGUUAGGCUGCUCUUUAGAAAGAUCGGUAAUAGCGAGCAGGCCCAGUGGCUCACCUGUGUAAUCCCAGCACUUUGGGAGGCCGUGGUGGGUGGAUCAUUUGAGGUCAGGUGUUGGAGAUCAGCCUGACCAACAUGGUGAAACCCUGUCUCUACUAAAAAUACAAAAAAAUUAGCUGGGUGUGGUGGUGCAUGCCUGUAAUCCCAGCUACUUGGGAGGCUGAGGCAGGAAAAUUGCUUGAACCCAGGAGAUGGAGGUUGCAGCAAGCCAAGAUCACACCACUGUACUCCAGCCUGGGAGACAGAGCAAGACUCUGUCUCAAAAAAAAAAAAAAAAAAAAGAAAA